UCUUAGAGUCGAUGAUAGAAAGCUCACUUAUUUGUCUGCAUGAUUUAUACAGCAAAUAUGGCCCCGAGGGAUCCAGUAAUGAAUAAAGAUCAGAUAACUUGGUCUAAAUUUGGAAAUUAAUCCCCCUUUGAUAUCAAAUUAAAUGAUUUGUUGAGGAAAAUAAUAAUCAGUUAAGUUCUGCAGCUGCUGAAGAAAAACAGGAAGAAUGAGGUUGUUCAGCUGGGAGCCAGCAGGUGGAGCCAAAGAGGCAGAAACGAAGCUUGUCGUUUAAUCGACGCACUCUGCAGCACACAGUCUUUCCCCACUGAGACGAACCCAGCUGCACAAAUCUCUGCAGAUUUUCACACGAUGCAAAAAUGUCCCAAUAACUGAAAAAUGAGACAGAGACACACCCUCAAUGUCCCCUCACUUCAAAACAGGUCAGAUGGUAUAAAAGCAGAAAGGUUGUAAACAGCAGAGAAAGGUCAUUAUAUCACCACCACCCCACUCCCACCCUCACCCACCAAUGCAGAGUGGUGCAAAAAUGUUCCCACAGUUAGUGAAAGCCCUGAAAUACCCUCAAAAAGACACCGACACAAGCACGUACACAAAGAUGCUCAUAUCUGCCUCCAUAUCUGCCUCGUUACUGCUGUAAUAAGACUCCAGAUAAGACCCUCCACCAAGCACGGGCUGCAGUCAGACUGGGCUGUGACUCACAGCUCCGAAGCCCCGCCCACACGGGGUACAUAAGCCGGCGGUCUGAAGCGGCGCCUCCAGAUCUUUGGCAUCUAUUGUCAGCAAACCUGAACCGAUUCCUGAUGGUGGUACAGGAGAAAAGUCGUUUGGAGGCGAUGGAGGGAAACCAGCAGAGGGUGGAGGUGAACAUCCUGCUGCUAGGAGCUCACAAUGUCGGCAAGUCCGCUCUCACCGUCAGAUUUCUGACCAGGAGAUUCAUCAGCGAGUACGGCGACAUCGAGUCAGUUUACAGCCGAGUUGACAGAAUUGAUGGGCAGGAGAUCUGCUUCAACAUCUGGGACUCUCAGUAUGCACAGCCCGGAGAGAAGAGCUCCUCCGUCAGCGACAAACAGCUGCAGUGGGCUGACGGGAUGAUCCUCGUCUACAACAUGUGCGAUCGCAGCAGCUUCGACGUCGUCCAGCAGCAGCUGCAGCAGAUACGUCGAAGCAGGAAGCCGUCCUCUGUCCCCAUCAUCAUCGUGGCAAACAAACGCGACCUGCAGCGGCACCGCACCGUCUCUGGCGAGGAGGGACGGUUGCUCGCCCUGUCCCAACAGUGUGGCUUCUUCGAGGUGUCCGCGGCGGAGACGUACCACGGCGUCCUGCUGGUGUUUCACCGCCUGGUCGACCUCGUGAAAGAGACGCGAGCUAUAAGAAAAAGCACGGCCGGCGUCCGAGGGAUCGUCAGGAGCGUGUCUGCAGUGUUUGCAAAGAAACGGGCAGAGUAGGCUCAACAUGCAAAGGUUGUUUUUGCUCAUUCUGAUGAGAUGAAAACGUCAGGGCGAGAAUUUCCUGUCAGAUGCCUCCUGAGUGAAGUCAAAGGUCAGAUACGAGACGGGCUGAGGAGGUUGAGAGAACGAUUCUUUGUUGGAAGGUCGACGGUAAAGCUGGUCAGAGAAAAGUUGUUUCAGAAUAAAGAGGGGCAGCUGGAGCUGAAGACCUUUAGCUCAGCUAGCAGAGAGGCGAUGAAUAUCUCGGCACUUAUCAGACACUGACACGAAGUUUCUUCCUCAGAGGAUGAAUCCUAAUUACACAGGUGGUCCUCUGACUUUUCAUUAGCCGCACAGGCAGGAUGGAGUUCGAACCUCCAUCCGAUGAGCUGACGAACUCUUCCAGCACCGAAGAGCGUGAUGUAACCUCCUCUGAUUAAAUUCUGGUAACCAUUCUAUCGAACCAAUAGUGUUGUAAUAGGGCCGACAUUAUGUGCUCCAUUCUUUGGUUUGUGACCAAACAUGUGCAAAAAUACUGACUGUAGCAUUAGCCUUGUGUAUAGUCUUUAGCAUGCUAAGGUAGCAAGCGUGCACUAAAUUUGCAUUGUUUCAGAAAAUAUUUUAAAAACUCAACGAAUUCUCGAGUUCCCCUUGAAACAUCGGAAAUCAUCAGGACUCUGCAGCCUGGUGGGAAUGUCGGACGUCUUUGAGUAGUCUGAAAGUUGUGUGUGUCAGAGCUAAUUACAUUUGUGUUGGAUUAAAAAACUGGUUUAGAUGUGAACUCGCUCACUGACUGACGAUCAGCGUUUUUUCUGGCUGUGAUUUCAAACAGGUUAUCAGGUUCUCCAGACACUAAACUUACACCAUCAUGGACCUGCAGGAAAGCUGGGUUCAGUCUGUUUUUAGCUCCUGGAUGAACGAGUGGCCCGCCGUUAGCUGGCCCCAGCUCUCUGGGAUAUAUGAGAACAAAAGAACCUAUCUGUACUGUAAAAUGAAUGUUUCUUUUUGUACAUAAAUCUAUUUAUUCAUAUCAGUGUUGUACAGAAACUUUCCCCCCCUGAAAUUCAAACCUGAAUAAACAACAUGAACCAAA